UGACAAUGAUGAGUGCAGGGGCGGACUGACAACUCAUGGGGCCCCCGGGCAAUAGGGGAUCAUGGGGCCCCUGUGUCCUUGCCCAAACUCAAAAAAGCCUAUGAAAAAAGUACCAGGGGCAUCUCAUAGGGCCCCUACUGACCCCGGGCCCUCGGGCAUUGCCCGAGUUCCCAAAUGGUCAGUCCACCCCUGUUGCUGACAUGUAAAGACUUGUGUAGAGAUGGCUGCACUGUCUGUUAGCUGUUAUAUCCUGUGUCCAUAUAACAUCUCAUUGUGUAUCCAAAGCUAGCAAGGAUCCUAUGAAGACAUUUCACUGAUCUUU